AAUCGGCCCGAUAAUUUUACGAAUAUUUGAUUUCGUACUUAGACAUUGAUAAUAGCCAAUUCCGGGUAAAAUUUUUUAAUUUUCCGAUUGCCGAACGCGAUAAGUCCCGGCGCUAUUCGUCUGUGACGCGUUGUUACACAUUCUCGAACUCGAGCGAGACACGGUGGUCGUUCUUUCCGCCGAAUCGUACUGGUCGGUCCGCCCGCGCAUAUUACCGCGGCGGCUUAAGUACACCGCGCGCUAUGUGACACGACGUUGACACCUGUUGCUCGUUCCGUCGCACAAACCGCGGCCGCUGUGCCCAACUCUACGCCGACCAUGGCCACCAACGACAACAUAAUGAUAGAUGAACGGGAAGAUGUUCAAAAGAAAACAUUUACCAAAUGGAUAAAUUCGCAACUUGUAAAAGAAAAUCAUGAGACAGUAUCAGAUUUAUUUUUAGACUUGCAAAAUGGAACAAAGCUACUUUAUUUACUAGAAAUUCUGACUGGAACACAAAUUAAACCGGAGAAAGGUAGAAUGCGAGUUCAUCAUUUAAAUAAUGUUAACAAAGCUUUACAUAUAUUAGAACAAAACAAUGUAAAGUUGGUUAAUAUUAGUAGUAAUGAUAUAGUAGAUGGCAGUCCAAAGCUAAUUCUUGGUCUAGUUUGGAGUAUUAUAUUACAUUGGCAGGUGGAUUGUCAUUUAAAAGAACUAAUGACAGAAUCACAACAAACAAAUUUAGAAAAAACACUAUUGGCAUGGUGUCGAAAAAAUGUUGAGGAUUAUGGAAUUGAUAUAAAAAACUUCACUACAUGCUGGUCUGACGGAAUUGCAUUUAAUGCCUUAAUACAUAAGUAUCGAGCUGAUCUUAUUGACUAUAAUUUAAUAUUAAAACAACAUCCAAAUGCUAGACUAGAAAAUGUAUUUGCUAUUGCACACAAACAUCUAAAUAUUGAAAGAUUAUUAGAUCCUGAAGAUGUUAACACUUCUGUGCCUGAUAAAAAGUCUGUGAUGAUGUACGUUAUGUGUUUGUUUCAACGACUGACACAGUAUUCAGAUGAAAUGGCAGCUUCAAAAUUUGAUGCACAUGAUGAAGAGAAAUUUAAAAAAUCAGAAGAAAGACCUUUAAGCAUGUUGACAAAUAUUUCUGUUGAGCUUGGUGGAUAUCAGUCAGCCUUGGAAGAAGUAUUAACUUGGUUACUUGAAGCAGAAGACCGUUUACAUCAAUCAGAAAAAAUUCCUGAAGAACUUGAGAAAAUUCGUGAACUAUUUCAUGUACACGAAAGUUUUCUGAUUGAGUUGUCUCAUCACCAAGAGGGUGUUGGUGCAGUAUUAGAAGAAGGUGCAAAGAUGUUAGCUGACGGAGGACUAAAUGAUGAAGAAGAACAAGAAGUUCGUAUUCAGAUGAAAUUAUUGAAUACACGUUGGGAAAAACUUAGAUUGAUCGCAAUGGAAAGACAAACUAAAAUACAUGAUAGUUUAAUGGGAAUUCAACAAAAGCAGUUAGAUGAAUUACGGUUAUGGUUAACACAGACUGAGGAUCGGAUAUCACGGUUGUCACAAUCAGCUAGGAUGGAUGUCGAUAGUUUACGUUCACAGCUUGAGGAACAUUCAGCACUUAGAGCUGAUUUAAGACGACAACAACUAUCUGUUGAUUCAUUAUCUAAUCUUGUCAUAGUUAUUGAUGAAAAAACUUUCCCUGAUUCUGUUCACACUCAAAUGGAAGAUGAGUUAUCGGCAUUGGGUGAACGUUGGGCUCAUAUUUGUAAAUGGGCUGAAGAAUAUGGAGUCAAAUUACAAACUCUGUUAAUGAAAUGUAGUCGUAUUACUGAACAACUAUCAUGGUUACAGUCUUGGUUUGACUCAAAAGAAACUAACUUAAAAAAAAUGGAAUCUAAACAUGUCACAGAAGUUGCCGAAGUUCUAGAGAGAAUUAAACAACUGCAGACGUUGAGACAUCAAAUGUCAAGUCAACAAAAGAAUAUAAUUAAUCUUCAAACUAAAAUUCAAAGCUUAGAAGAAGAAUUUUUGCAUACUGAUGAAAGCCCUUACUCCGAAAAAAUCGAAACAUUACAAGAUAGAUGUGAUGCUUUAGUGCAAAUUAUCGAAAUACAAGCCCAAAGAAUAUCGAAUGCUGGAUUUGAAUUUGAUUUAACGAAUCAUUCAGUUGUCGAUCAAUCAGAAGACAAAUUAUUAGAAGAGAGUUCUUUUGAUAGUAGUUUGAAUGUUUCAGAAACUGAUGAAUUUGGUUCAAAACGUCGAAGAAAGUGUGGAUCAUCUCAGGAAGAUGAAUAUGAUAAUGUUACAUCAAAUAUAAUUAAUUGGAUAAAACGUUCUCAAAAGCUACUUGAUGAACCUUUAGAAGCAGAAGAAGAAGCUGCACUGUAUGAAGAUAUAAUGUCGGAGUAUGAUAGCCAGGUUCUUCAGUUGGAUUUUGUUAGUAAAUUUGUUGCAGACAGCCAAAUUAAUCAAACAACAUUCUCCAAAUUGGAUCACUACAAUAAAAUAUGUGAUGAGUUCCAUGAAUUUGAAGCAUUUUUAGAAACAUUUAAAAAUAAAGUCAAGUAUGAUCUAGACAAAAAACAAAUAACAAAAGAAAUGAACUAUUUGAGAUUAGUGUUGGAUGGUUAUGCUAAAUGGCUGGACAGUAGAAAUUGCACUUUUGAGCAAAUAAAGAUGAAAUUUAAAUCUUUGAAAUCCUUAGAAGACCUCAUUAUAAAAUUAAAAUCAAGUAAUGAUCAAUUAAAACCGGAUGACUCUUUGAGAGACGAUAUUCAAAAAUGUCUAAAUACUUGGAAUGGACUAAAUGAAAAAUUUUCAAUGUAUGAAGAACAAGCAAAAUUAUCUCAAGAAACAAAUUCUAACACAAAAUUUAAGGAGUCUAAAGAAGAAUUAGCCGGUUGGAUUAAUGAGUUAGAAGGUGUUUUGCUGGGGGAGCCAGUUCUAAUGAACGAUUCGUCUGUUUUGUCAAAACAAUUAGAACAGCUCAAAGAAUUACAAAAAUCGAUAAUUGAUCGACGAGCAACUUUAGAAAUGGUCAACACAUAUGGACAAGAAAUACUGAUAAAAUUAAACAAUGAUGUAGCUGCUGAAAGGUUAACCGAAGAUCUUCAAGAUCUAAAUACAAGGUGGAGUGAUAUUCCUGUUCUAUUAGAUGAACGAAUAUUAAAAUUACAAAAAGAUUUGUAUACAGUUUUAGAGUUGGAGUCUAAUUUUAGAACUUUGGAAGAUUUGAUGGAGCAAAGUGAAGAUCUAUUCAAUUAUUAUAACUCGCAAAGCGACCAACCAGAUUUAAAAAUGAUAAAUGAUGUUUGUGAUUCCGUCUCUCAGUUGUAUGAUAAGCUUCAUGGAGAUAUGACUAAAAUAUUCGAAUCAGCAGUUGAUCAUAAGUUUAAGUUAAAUAUAACUCAUAAAUUAGAGAAUAUAGAAGAAAAACUAAAUAAAAUAGUUACUUUUAAAGAGGAAAUUGCAGCCGAAGGUUUAAAGACUGUAGAAAAAGACUUUACUGAGAUAAAAAAAUGUGUAUCGGAAGUUGAGAAAAACCAUACUUACCGAGAAAAAGAUCCUGUAGGUUCAGCAGGUGAACUUGUUAAGCUUAAGAACAAGUAUAAUGCAUUGCAUGAUAAACUCAUUGAAAAGAAAUCUAAAUUAGAUAAACUUGAACAAAGUCCAGAUGAUAAUGUCAAAAUGUUGGUAUUAAAAUGGAAUCAAUUGUAUGAUGGUGUACAGUUAGUUCGUAAUAGGCUACAACAUGAUGUGCAGCUUCAUUCAGAAUUUAAAGUAUUGAUGUCACAAGAAAAUGUAUGGCUUGAUAAACUAGAUAAAUGUCUUAAAAAAAGUAUUAAGACAAUAGCUACAGAUGCAGAAGAAAUAUCUGAAGAACUCGAUGACUUGGAAAAUUGCCUCAGAAAUCAUCCUGAAUCAAGAGUAGAACGUUUGAAUGAAAUUGGUGCUGUUUUAUGUGACCACAAUGUGAUGACAUCAAGUAUAAAAGUCGAUCUAGCGAAAGUGACUUCACGUUGUAAAAAGCUUACAUCACAAGCCGAAGAAAAAGUAAGAGGUUUAGAAGAAAACAUUGAACAAACCCAAAAAUCUGAAAAUUGUAUAGCAGAAUUUCAACAUUGGCUUGAUAAUACUGAUCAACAGCUCACCUCGCGAAUUCAAAAUGAUUUUUCCCCUCAUGAUAUACCUAAUGACGUUCAAAGACUAUCUGAAGAAUUUCAAAUCCAAGCCAAACUAUUACACGACAUGGAACAACAAAUUGUCAAUUAUGAAAUAGCUAAUAAAAAAGAAGUCGCAAAUCGGUUAAAAGAUCAGUUAUCCUUAUUAAAAAAGCGUUUCUAUCAACUUGAAGAGAAGUUUGAAAGAUACCAAUCUCCUGGAGACUUACAAACCCGAAUUACGAGAGUGUUAAGGGAAUUGCAGUCCAUUGAAAAUUCUAUUUGUUUAUUAGAAUUAGCAUCGGAUGAUCCAGACAGCAUUAAAGGACAGCUGGAACAGUGUUUGAAACUAUAUAAUACAUUAGAUAGUUUAAAAAAUGAAGUUGAAUUUGUUAAAAAUACUAAUGAGUCAAAUGAUAAUAAAGCACAAGUGGAAACAGUAAAACAUUUGUUUUCUAAAUUGGUUGAUGAGGUAUCACAUACGAAAGAAAAAUUGGAAAAAGGAUUAAGAUGUUUAAAAUUGUUUGACUCAAAUAUUAAUAUUUUGUCAAAAUGGCUGACAGACGUUGAACAAAACUUGGAUAAAAUUGAAGACCCACAUGAAGCCGACAAAAAUUUGGACGCCCAAAUCAGAUAUCUAAAUGAAAAGUUGAAUUCUGAUUACAAGAAAUUGGAAAAAAAUAAAAAUAUUGCCUAUAACUGUUAUACAGAGUUUAAAUCUCUAAAAGAUCCACUGUGUAAGGAUGACGUACAUUGCAGUAAUAUUGAUAUUAUUAAUAAUAGAUGGGAAUCAGUUAUCAAUAGACUUCAUACUAAUUUAACCCAAUUGACGAACAUAAAUGCAAUGACAAGUAAUGCUAAACUUUCUAGAAGAUCAAACAAAUCAACUAGAACAAAAGAUAAAUCUGUUCCCGAAAUCAAAAUUACUAAUGAAAAUAGUAAAAUGGAAAUUGGCAACCCAAUAAAACCAAGUGAUGAUAGAGAAGAUACUUUUAAUUUAGCUCAAGAUAGUAUGUUGUUUUCACAAGUCUCUAAAGCAGAUCCAAAUUUAAUGCAAUCUGCCACUAAACCUACCAUUAAUAAUAUGCAAGAAUGUGUAAUGGUCGCCGUUAAGGAACAUGAAAUAUUAAAGUCUAGUGUGAUUAGCCAUGGCGAGGUUACAGCAGAACAUCGUUUGGUACCUGAAGGUUAUGCUGAAAUGGUAGAACUUUCAGAAGACACAGAAACAGAUGCAGAUGAAACUGACGAAGAAAAAUGGCCUCAAACUGUAUACAGAAGAAAAAAUUCAGAAAAAAAAUCUAGUUUGAGUCCUUGUGAAAUUUUGGUUAAAAGACAAAAACUUACUUCUGAUGAAUCAUUGAAAUCUAGUUCAGAAAACUUACAAAGUAAUGAAUAUAUUAUGUCAUUAGAAAAUGAACAAAAACACCCUGACUCGCUGUGUGUCAAAGUGAAUAAAACCCAUCAUACAACUAUUACUGCAUGGCAAAAUCCUGUAUCAGAGGAACGUAAAGAAGUAGUUUUACAUAAAGAAGUUGAAAUGUCAAAUACUUACAGAAUCAUUGGUGCUGAUCAAGAUAAAAAUAUUUUAAGUUUACCGAAAAAAAUUACUGAUGACAAUGAUAGUUUUUAUGGCAGUGAUAAGGAAACAGAUGAUGUAAUAAUGUUUUCGGAAGAUGAGGGACAAGUUGAUAAAUUUGAUGAUUCUAGCUCAUCGGAUGAAGAAGAAUUAUCUAAGGAUCAUUCGGUUACCAAAAUGAACAAAGAAAAAUCUGAUAUUUCUAAACAGUCAUAUGUAUAUACAAAAAAGAGUAUUGAUACAGACAUCGAAAAGUAUGAAAGUGAUGCUAAAGUUAUGUUAACUAGGAUGGAAGUCACUUUAAAAGAUCUUCGUCAGUUAAAUAUGGAACCUGAUCCAAACAAACGUCUUGUGACUGUUGAACAAGAAGUAAGUAAUAUAGCUCCAGAUGCAGCUACAUUGAUAAGUAAAGGAGAUAGUCUCAUACUUGCUAGUCAUAUGGGUGAUUCUUCAAGAGCAAGCACUUUAUGCACGUUAAUUCAAGACCGACUAAGAGUUAUGUGGACUCAUAUUAUGUCUGAAAUUGAGAUUGUGAAAGUACAAACGCAAAUGUUGGAAAAACAGAUCAAAAUGUUUGAAAAAAUCACUUUAGAUAUAGAAAAUUGGCUAAAUCAAAAGCACAAAAAUUCCCAGGUGUUGGAACGAGAAAUCAAUCAAAAGUUUAGUAACCUAUCAGAAAUGGAAGAAAUAGUAUCGGAUGUGGAGACAUUGUGUUAUGACAAAAAUGCUGUCGAUAAAAUGCGUUCGAAAAUUUCAAUCCUUCAGAAAAAAUUAAAUAAGCUUAGUCCUUUGUCACAAGAGCAAAAAAUCAAUGUAUCUGAUGAAAUUCUUACUCAAAUAAAUGAUACUAGAAAUAUAAUAGGGUCUUUGUUGAAGCAAUUAAAUCAAAUACCUUUAUCAAAUAACACUGUUGCUAUUCAAGCUUCUGAAAUAAAAGAGUUCCAGAACAAAACUGAAUCAAUAAAAGUAACAAUUGACAACAUCAAUUCUAAAAACAUUAACAAUGAUAGUUUUGUUGAAAGAAACAUGAAAAAAAUUGGCGAUAAUUGGGAAUUACUAAAUAAAUGUCUAAUUGAGCGGUCAGGGCAAAUAUCUAGUAUACAAACAGAAGUAAGUAAUUUACAACGAAGUGGCAAAGAACUUUCAGAAUGGUUAGCAGAAAUAGAAUCUGACAUGGCUGAAAAUGAUUCAACGCUGACAUUACAAGGGAAAAAAAAUAAACAACAUGAUUUGGAAAAAAGAGUAUCAGCUAGGCAUAGAACGGUAAUCAGUUUUUUGAAUUGUUCGCGGACAUUAUGGUCUCACUCGGACACAUUUCAGUCGGAAGUUAAGAGCCUCAGAUUAAGAUGGCAAGCAGUAUUAAAUAAGUUAACUGUGCAAAGAGAGAGGUUAAAUGAAAUGGAAAAAUCCAAGUCUGAUUUAUCAAGUGUUGUAUCAGCAACAAAGAUUACCAUCGACCAGACUUUAAAUGUCUUACAAACUACUCAAGCAAAUCCGUCAGAAGUUGAUUCUUUAAACUCAAAAAUAUGUUUACUUAAGUCUAAAGAAACUGAGUUAAUAGCACGUCAAAAGGAUUUAAACGCUAUAAAGUCGAAAAAGUUAAAACAACCUAAUGACCUUGAAUCAAUAAAAUCACUUUUAGAUCAGGUGAUAAAUGAUUUAUCUGAAAAUUUAAUAUGCCUUAAUGGUAAACAAGCUGCUUUGAACAAAUUUACAAUUCAAUUAAAAGAAUUAAAUUCUUGGGCAUACCUGAAAAAAAUUGAAGCAGAUGACAUAAAACAAAAACCGUUUCCUGAGAGAAAGCAUGCUAAUGAAAACUUAUAUUCAAUUUUAAUGGAGCGAAGUGCUGAAGUAAAGGAUAUUUUGGAAAACUUUACAAAUAUAGAAAAACAAUGCGAAGGAAUUGGUCAACCAGUUUCCACAGAACUACAAGAUAUUGUUAAAAAUCUUAGAGAUAACUGGGUCUACUUAAAGAGUGUUAACGAAGACAUUAUGAAAAAACCGUUAGUGACAUCUGUUGAAGUUAAAAAAGGGGAAGAAAGUUGGAGGAAUAUAACAAAAAAUGUUACUGAACUACAGUCUCGUUCCGCCGUACGAUCCUUAUCUCCGGUUAGCUCAGAAGCACUUCUUAAUUUAUUGGCUAGCUUUGACAAAUCUAUACUUCAAAUCUUUGACUGGUUGACUUUGGAAGAAAACAUGUUACGUCAACAAUCCGUAACUGUUGGAGAUGUCGGCGACAUACUCCAAUUGAUUGAUAAACAAAAAAAUGUUUUACGAGAAUUGGAACAAAAGAAACCUCAAUUGGAUGAACUUGUGCACACGGCUGAAAAUCUUAAAGCUGAUUCAAACCGACAGCAGCUGCAUGGAAAAGUGACAAAAUUACGAGAACAUUGGGAUGAAACCAAUAACAAAGUAAUGCAGCGCAAAACUGAACUGAACGCAAUGUUGAGCGAUAGUCAGCGGUAUGAUACUAAAAAAUUGGAAAUUGACAAUUGGCUGACUAAAAUGGAAACUAGACUGCAAAAGAUGAAUAUUGUCGGCAACACUGCUGAUAUACUAGAUUCACAACAAAAAGAACAAAAGUCAUUCCAUGUUGAGUUGCAUCAGUACAAGCAUCAAGUUGAUUUAUUUAGUCAACUUACACAAAGACUGAUUGCUGUUUACCAAAAUGAUGACACUUCUAAAAUUAAAAAGUCAACUGAACAAAUCAAUCAAAGAUUCCAAAAUUUGAACACAAACAUCAUUAAUAGAGGCAAAACAUUACAUUCUGCAGUAAACUGCUUACAAAAUUUGGACAAAUCAUUUGACAACUUUUUGGGCUGGUUAUCAGAAGCCGAAUCAUCUAUGGAAGCAAUCGAAGCAGAAUUUGAUAGAUGCAGUACACUCAAACGAGACAAUACUACGGCUAUGAAUCAGUUAAAGGAACUACAACAAGAGAUGGAUACUAAAAGCCAUUCGUUGAAUUCUCUAGAUAGCGGAGGAAGAAAACUUUUAGGAAGUCUUUCAUCUCAAGAAGACGCUGUGAUGCUACAGAGACGACUGGAAGAAAUGAAUCAGCGUUGGAACCAAUUAAAGAACCGUUCAGUGUCCAUAAGAAACCGAUUAGAAAACAACACAGAGCAUUGGAAUGCACUUUUGUUAUCCUUAAGAGAAUUAGUCGAGUGGAUAAUUAAAAAGGACACGGAAAUAUCGAGUUUUGGACCUUUGGGCAACGAUUUGUCUGCAUUACAAAAACAACAGGAUGACCAUAAAGGCUUCCGCAGGCAACUGGAAGAGAAGAGACCAGUUAUUGAUUCUAACCUACGCAGUGGACGCCAAUACAUAAAUAUAGAAUCCCAAAUUGCGGCAUGUGUAAAAAAUGAAGAAAUAAAUAAUGCUGGUGACUCUAGAGGGUAUCGUAGUGCUGAAGAACAAGCUCGUGACUUGACCAUCAGUCUGAAACGUGAAGUGACUCGGGUAGCUGACCAAUGGAACUCAUUACUCCACCGGUCAGACCAAUGGCAACGCAACUUGGAUGACACAUUAACGAAAAUGCAAGCGUUCCAGAAAGGCCUUGAAGAUAGUACAUCUAAACUAGCCAGUGUUGAGGCUAUGUACAAAUCUUGGUCUUUCACAAAUGCUGGAGACUCCACUAAAGGCCUUCAAGAACUUAGACAAUUUGGUGACCGAUUAAAUCCCGUUCAAAGACUAUUAGAAGACGUCAAUGACCAAGCUAGCAUCCUUACAUCCAAUAAUAUCACAUUAUCUUUGUCUAAUAAAAAUAUGUUAAACGACAUUAAUAAUAGGUGGAAAAUAUUACAGCUUGCUAUGGAUGAAAGGUAUAAACUGAUACGUGAUACUGGUAAAAGUGUAUUGAGUCAUAGUAAUAGAACGUCACCUGGUAGUCAUAGUGAAGCGUCUACUUCAUUGUUGUUAAGUGGAUCAGUGGAUCCUCCGUGGGAACGAGCAACCACUCCCAAUAAAGUUCCAUAUUAUAUAAAUCAUCAAUGUGAAUCAACUAAUUGGGAUCAUCCAAAAAUGAUUGAACUAAUGUCUUCUUUGUCAGAAUUUAACGAUGUAAGAUUCUCUGCUUAUAGAACUGCUAUGAAAUUACGAACAGUCCAAAAACGAAUGUCUCUUGAUUUAUUGUCUCUGGAAGCAGCUGUGGAAGCCUUUGAUAACCAUGGUCUACGUGCUCAAAACGACAAAUUAAUUACUGUUUCUGAAAUGUUAACUAUUCUAGGGUCUAUUUUUGAUACAUUAGCAUCCCAACAUCCAUCUUUAGUACAUGUACCAUUGUGUCUUGACCUGUCACUUAAUUGGCUGUUAAAUGUGUAUGAUAGUCAGCGAACAGGCCAAAUUCGUGUUCUAUCAUUUAAAGUUGGUUUAGUUCUAUUAUGUAAAGGACACGUAGAAGAAAAAUACCGCUACUUAUUCAGAUUAAUAGCGGAUCCAAAUAGACAAGUGGACCAACGAAAAUUGGGACUUUUAUUACAUGACUGUAUUCAAUUGCCUCGACAAUUAGGUGAAAUAGCAUCAUUUGGUGGCUCCAAUAUUGAACCCUCUGUGAGGAGUUGUUUCCAAAAGGCUGGCAAAGAUAAGUCUGUGAUUGAAGCAAUGCACUUCUUAGUUUGGCUUCAACAUGAACCUCAAAGUAUGGUUUGGCUAGCUGUUUUACACCGGUUAGCUGAAGCUGAAUCUGCCAAACAUCAAGCCAAAUGCAAUACAUGUAAAGCUUAUCCAAUAAUAGGAUUCAGAUAUCGAUGUCUGAAGUGUUUUAACUUUGACAUGUGUCAGACAUGCUUUUUUUCUGGCCGUAAAGCUAAACAUCAUAAGUUGACUCAUCCCAUGCAAGAGUACUGCACAACAACAACAUCUGGUGAAGAUGUUCGCGACUUCACUCGUGCCUUACGUAAUAAAUUUAAGUCUAAACGUUAUUUCAAGAAGCACCCUCGCGUUGGUUAUUUGCCUGUCCAAUCAGUAUUAGAAGGUGAUGCCUUGGAAAGUCCUUCACCUUCACCACAACAUUCCAAUACUCCAUCCACCAUACCUGAUGUGCACAACCGUCUCGAGAUGUACGCUUCGCGUCUAGCGGAAGUCGAGUAUAGAACACGUAGCAAUUCCACUCCAGAUUCAGAAGAUGAACAUCAACUGAUUGCACAAUAUUGUCAUUCAUUAAAUGGUGGUGGUUCUGAAACAUUGCCAUCUGUUCCAAAAAGUCCAGUCCAAAUUAUGGUAGCUAUUGAUGCAGAUCAAAGACAAGAACUAGAAGCUAUGAUUAAAGAACUAGAAGACGAAAAUUCACAUCUACAGGAAGAAUAUGAAAAACUUAAAACGGGCACAGGUGGCAAAGUAUCUCGCAGUACAAUUUCCAAUAGUAAUGGUGAUGUCGAUAUGGUAUCAGAAGCAAGAAUGUUGCGUCAGCACAAAGGUCGUUUAGAAGCACGUAUGCAAAUUCUGGAAGACCAUAACAGGCAACUGGAAGCUCAACUGCAAAGACUUCGUCAGCUAUUAGAAGAACCUGCAACACUACAAACGAGAUCAGUUACAGCUUCCCAACUGGCUUGCGAUUCUCCAUUUCAACACGCCAAAGAUAUACCUGGAAACACAGGUCGUAACACGUUAGAAAGACCUCCUCCGCCGCCUUUACCUGCAUCCCAACACGCAGUUGGUAAUUUACACAAUAUGGCAGCAAUUCAUGGAAAUGGAAAACUUUAGGUGAUUUAGGUAAAGUAGUUACCGAACUAGUGACUGCCAUGACAACUAAUGAACACAGAUCAUAAAAAUAGUUUGAAUAAUAAGUAGAGUAGUUUAUUUCAACUUUUUAUAUUUAUACAUAAUAAGUAUUGUGUAUAACAAUACUUAUUAUAUUUAAAUUUAAAAAAACGCUCAUUGACAACAACUAGAAUAGUAAGAUUAAAACGGCAGUCUAGAUAAAAUGUAAUUUCAUAUCUUUUUAAAAGUGUACAAACACUUUAAAAUUAAAUGGUUUUAUUAUAAUGAUGAUUUAUAUUGGUUAUACAUGUUAGUAUUUAAAUGUCAAGUAUUCAAUUAUAUAUUCUUCUUUUAAUGUUAAUUAACGAAAGUAUUAUUUUUUUAUUAGUAUAAAAAAAAGUACCUCUAAAAUACUUUUCAACAUCCUUCACAAGUAUUAAAAUUUAAAAUAUUGUUAUUUUAAUUCAUAAAUUUGUAACAAAA